AUGAAGGCGCCUCCUCGUCCUCCUCCGCCGCCGCGCUCCCUCGCGCCCGGGCCCGCAGCCACACUCCGCCACGCGCCGGCACCGGCACUUCCGGCGGCACGACGGCGGCCGCAGCAGGACAAACCGCUCCCGGCCAGCGGAAGGCUGGCGGCGGGGGAGCGCUGGGGCUGCCGGGGCUGGGGCGGCUGCCGCGGGCUCUGGGCGCCGUCAGGAUCCGCCGCCGCGUCUCCUCCCGCUGGCGCUUCGCCCGGUCCCGGCGCCCGGAGCCCCUUCGACCGGCGGCUGAAGCGGAAGCAGAAGAACUGGGCGGCGCUGCAGGCCGGGCCCGCCGAGUGCGACUACCUGCGGGAGGAGGUGGGCAGCAGGAUCGCGGACCGGGUGUUUGACAUCGCCAGAACGUUUCCUCUUGCUUUGGAUGUUGGCUCUGGAAGAGGUUACAUAGCUCAACAUUUAACCAAGGAAACUGUCGAAAAACUUAUUCAAGUUGAUAUUGCAGAAAAUGCUUUAAAAAAUGCUGUAGAAUCUGAAAUCCCCACUGUCAGUGUUAUAGCUGAUGAGGAAUCCCUUCCUUUCAAAGAAGAUACAUUUGAUCUUGUUGUUAGCAGCUUAAGUUUACAUUGGGUGAAUGACCUUCCAAGAGCUUUUAGAGAGAUUCACCAAGUUCUUAAGCCAGAUGGAGUGUUCAUCGGUGCAAUGUUUGGGGGAGACACUCUGUAUGAGCUUCGCUGCUCUUUGCAGCUGGCAGAAUUGGAGAGAGAGGGGGGAUUUUCUCCUCACGUAUCACCGUUCACUGCUGUCUCUGAUUUAGGACAUCUGCUGUCAAGAGCUGGUUUUAACACCCUCACUGUGGAUACUGAUGAAAUUCAAGUCAACUACCCAGGGUUGUUUGAGGUUAUGGAAGACCUGCAAGGUAUGGGGGAGAGUAACUGCUCUUGGAAUAGAAAACCUCUCCUACACAGGGAGACGAUGUUGGCAGCUGCUGCAAUAUACCGAGAAAUGUAUGGAAAUAGCGAUGGCUCAGUACCUGCCACAUUUCAGAUCUACUAUAUGAUUGGCUGGAAAUUCCAUGAAUCACAGGCAAAACCAGCCCAAAGAGGUUCUGCAACAGUUUCACUUGGAGAUCUGGCAAAAUUAGGUGGACUUCUUUCAAGAGACAAAAAAUAGUUCUUAAUCAGAAGUAACAGUUGUCUUGAAGCUUCUACAAAACUUCUCAUUGGAGAUAGUCUUCUCUUGUGCUUAUUUUGUGACGACAUUCUGAAAUUAUAAUAAUCUGCUCAGGGUGGGGUUUUUUGUUUUUCACUGUGCUACAACAUGAGCUGUGUAAACUGGUGUUCAUUUUUUGCUUCUAGAGAAAUACUUGCACAGUAUUCUAAGUUAAUACAUCUUCUCCCAACUUUUUAUUAAAUUACUAAAUUCUCAAAUAUAA